CAUCCAGGAUGACGGGCUGUAUAGUCUUCUGUCCGGAACCGGUAUCCAAAUUCAGCAGCAUCUUUCUGCUGCUGCUGAUUCUUUUAGCCGAGGUCACGUACUCGGCUGAUCUCGCGAUUGAGAUACCAGGCAAUCUGAGCCAGGGUGGUUCCUGGUACCGUUUGGAUUACAGCCCACCCGUUGGCUCUCCACCGCCGAACACCACCAUAGCCGCCACUGACAUCGGUGAUGUCAUAAAGUUCAGGGACGGCCUGCCUGGGACGAGAUACGAGUACUGGCUGUACUACAGCAACAGCACUCUACACGAUUGGCUGACGUGGACUGCGUCAAUUACGACACCACCCGAUCCUCCAUCAAACUUGACGGUAUCGGUACGAAAUGGGAAGACCGCGAUCGUAUAUUGGUCGCCUCCGGCUCAGGGGAAUUAUUCCGGUUUCCGGUUGCGGACGCAGAGCUUCAGCGAUACCGGAAAUCCCAAGACCACCGUCAUCCCCGUCGAUUCGGUGCCCUACACACUACGUGAUCUCACGCCUGGUGCCACAUAUUCGCUUCAACUCUUCACCGUGUUGGACGCUAAAGAAAGCGUCGCUUAUACCAGCAGGAAUUUUACAACAAAGCCAAACAUCCCGGGAAAGUUCAUCGUCUGGUUCAGAAACGAGACAACGCUGUUGGUGCUAUGGCAACCACCUUAUCCGGCCGGAAUAUACACACACUACAAAAUUAGCAUAGACCCAUCUGAUGCGAUAGAAUCUGUUCUCUAUGUGGAGAAGGAAGGCGAACCACCUGGUCCUGCACAGGCAGCUUUCAAAGGACUUGUUCCAGGUAGAGCAUACAACAUUUCCGUGCAGACGGUUUCCGAGGAUGAAACAUCCGCGCCUACUACGGCUCAGUAUCGUACAGUACCGCUGCGUCCUCUCAACGUGACCUUCGACAAAUCUUCUAUAACAUCGACUUCCUUUCGCAUGUUUUGGAAUCCUCCCAAUGGAACGUCCGAGUUCGACAAGUAUCAAAUAUCGCUCGGUAGUAACCGGAGGCUUACGCCAGUCACGCGAAACCGAGACGAUGAGAACAGAUGGGAGUUCAAGGACUUGGAACCUGGCAAAACAUAUCAAGUGGUAGUGAAAACUGUUUCUGGCAAAGUCACCAGCUGGCCGGCUAGUGGAGAUGUCACUUUAAAACCAUUACCUGUUCACGAUCUCAGAGCGGUGAUCGAUGAAAAAACUGGUAUGGUAGAAGUUUCGUGGAGUCCAGAGAAUUCGAGUACACAAGAUAGUUACAAGUUACAGUAUCAUGAAGUGGAAACAACGAUUGGUGGUGAUAGUAACACUUUGACGACUGAUAAAACAAAGGUUACGCUGGAAGCUCUGCUGCCCGGAAGAAAUUAUUCCAUAAUAGUUCAAGCGAUUAGCAAUAAAGUCGAGUCAAACGAAACCGUCCUUUACCAAGCAACACGUCCCGCUAGUCCUGUAAUUGAAGAUCUGAAGCCUAUUGAAAAAGGUUUAAAUAUUUCCUGGAAAAGCGACGUCAAUUCUAAACAAGAGAAAUUCGAAGUGACCCACAACAGAAAUGACACUGGAGAAAGUGCAACCACUCUAACUACGGAAUCGCAUAUUGUCUUGGAAGACCUUUAUCCUGGUGCAGCAUAUGAAGUUAAAGUCUUUGCCAUUAGUCAUGGACUUCGAAGUGAACCACACGAUUACUUGCAAGCCGUUCUGCCUCAUCCACCAAAGAAUCUCAGUAUCGAAAAAGUCACGAGCAAUACCGUUGUUGUGCAUUGGGAAGCGCCGACGGACUCAAUAUUUACCGAAUACUCCAUCAGAUAUCGUACAGAAGACGAUCCCAGAUGGGUCAAACUUCCCAGUGUUCGUGACACGGAAGCAGAAGUGGCGGAUAUGACACCCGGUGAAAGAUAUACCAUACAAGUCAACACCGUCAGUUAUGGCGUUGAAAGCUUGUAUCCGUUGCAAGUGAAUCACACAGUCAGGCCUAAUCCAGUUCUAAAUAUCACUCCGAUUAUCGACUCCACUAAUGUAACUCUCGAAUGGCCACGACCUGAGGGUCGCAUCGAAACCUACGUUAUAAAAUGGUGGCCAGUAGAGAAUCCAGAGGACUCCAGGACGAAGAACGUCAGUGAGACUAACGAUGUAGCCGAUAUCAGUUUCGAAGAAAACACUGUGCAAACCGAAAAGAUUCUGGUGAGCGAUCUGAUGCCUGGAGUACAGUAUUUUUUCCUCGUCUACACGAUCUCGUAUGAUCUAGUCAGCGACAUCACCAAUUUAACCACAAGAACGAUGCCACUGAUCCAGUCCGAGGUCGUCGUAGUAGUCGACCGAGACCAACCAGGGUCAUUGACGUUAAGAUAUACACCGACGCCGAUUCAAUCUUCGAGGUUUGAUCUCUACCGAUUCAGGAUUAGCGAUGAGCAUAACACCACGAAGGAGCGUAUGGUGGAUGACGUUGAUACCAAGGUUUCCUUUGUUGGAUUAACACCUGGCAAAUUAUAUAAUGUGACUGUUUGGACAGUAAGCGAUAAUGUGGAGAGCAGACCUCUCCUCCGGCAAGACCGACUCUAUCCUGAACCGAUCACUGCGAUCCAUGCGAUCGACGUAAAUGAUACGAGGAUCACUUUGACCUGGGACAUCCCGCAUGGAGAGUAUGAUACUUUUGAAGUACAAUAUAUAAAUACAGAAGGAAACUACAUCCAAAAUAUAACCUCGGUCAACGUGAUCACCAUUUUUGAUCUGAAGCCGCAUAGAAAUUAUACAUUCACAUUGGUUGUACGUUCGGGUACAGAAUCCUCUUACUUGAGAGUCUCAAAUCCACUCAGCGCCAGCUUUACCACCAGCGAAUCAUACCCAGGAAAGGUGGAGAAGUUUCAUCCUAUCGACAUUCAACCAAGUGACAUCAGCUUCGUAUGGUCUCUGCCGAGCCAAGAGCAAAAUGGCAUCAUUACAAAAUUUAGCAUCACUUAUGGUUUAGAAGGCUCGACCCAUACCCAGAUGCAGGACUUCAGGCCAACCGAGUUCCGUGGUGUUAUCAAAUCCCUCAUACCGGGCAAGACUUAUAUCUUCCGGAUUCAAGCGGAGACAAAGAUCGGUUUUGGUCCUGAGACGGUCUGGAAGCAGAAGAUGCCAAUAUUGGCACCGCCCAAGCCAUCCACGCAAGUGGUACCGACCGAGGUCUGUAAAAGUAGCACGACAAUUCAAAUCAGGUUUAGGAAAAACUACUUCAGCGAACAGAACGGAGCGGUCACGUCGUACAGCAUCAUUGUUGCCGAAGAUGACAGCAAGAAUGCUUCCGGAUUGGAGAUGCCCAGUUGGAGGGACGUCCAGGCUUACAGCAUUUGGCCACCUUAUCAGGUAAUGGAGCCAUAUUAUCCUUUCAAAAAUGGAUCUGUGGAAGACUUCACGAUCGGCUCCGAGAACUGCGACAAUAAAAUUGGAUAUUGUAAUGGACCAUUGAAAUCAGGAUCUACUUAUCGAGUGAAAGUACGUGCGUUUACAGCACCAGACAAAUUUACGGAUACCAGCUACAGCUUCCCCAUUCAAACAGGAUUGCUGCUGGCAGAUAAGGACAACACGGCCAUCAUAGUCGGUGUCACCGUCGCCAUAGCAUUGCUGCUAUUUCUAUUGGGCAUCGGGCUGUUUAUGCGAAGGAGAAGAAGUCAAGGUCGCAAGACAACAGAAACCAGGGCAACCGAUAAUUUAUCAUUGCCAGACAGCGUCAUUGAGACUAGACCCAUCAAAGUCGAAGAUUUUGCCGAGCAUUAUCGCACCAUGUCAGCGGAUUCUGAUUUCCGAUUUUCGGAAGAGUUUGAAGAAUUGAAGCACGUCGGAAGAGAUCAACCAUGCACUGCGGCGGAUUUGCCCUGUAAUAGACCGAAGAAUCGCUUCACGAAUAUUCUUCCAUACGAUCAUAGUAGAUUUAAACUUCAACCUGUCGAUGAUGAAGAGGGCUCCGAUUACAUCAAUGCCAAUUAUGUUCCGGGUCAUAAUUCGCCACGAGAGUUUAUCGUGACUCAAGGACCGUUACAUUCGACUCGCGAUGAUUUUUGGCGAAUGGUUUGGGAAAGUAACAGUAGAGCGAUCGUCAUGUUAACGAGAUGUAUCGAGAAGGGCAGAGAAAAAUGCGAUCAUUACUGGCCGAUGGAUACUUUACCGGUUUAUUACGGAGACAUCUGCGUCACGAUACUCAACGAGACACAUUAUCCGGAUUGGAGUAUCACAGAAUUUAUGUUGUGUAGAGGUGAUGUGAAGAGAGUGAUACAACAUUUCCAUUUUACUACUUGGCCGGAUUUCGGUGUUCCCAGUCCACCGCAAACUUUAGCGAGGUUCGUGCGAGCGUUUAGAGAACGAGUCAGGCCCGAUCAAAGGCCCAUAGUCGUUCAUUGCAGCGCUGGCGUAGGUCGUAGUGGUACUUUCAUCACUUUAGACAGAAUACUGCAACAAAUUCUCGUAUCGAAAUACGUCGAUAUCUUCGGGAUCGUUUGGGUGAUGAGAAAAGAGCGGGUCUGGAUGGUACAGACGGAGCAGCAAUAUAUCUGUAUCCAUCAAUGUCUUUUGGCCGUUCUGGAAGGACAAGACACUACUGGACCACCGCGAGAGAUUCAUGAUAAUCAGGGAUUCGAAGGCAAGAAUCGAAGUUCAGUCGAAAGCACUAAGAGUCCUGCCGAGGAUGAGAAGGAGAGGUGACCUUCGAACAGCGAUUCCUGCAUCGAGGAUGACGAAGGAAUAGCUGAAUCAGGAAUGUGAUGGUUCGAUUGCUGGUUAGGAGCAACGAUCAAUAGCAACAAAAACGAAUCUCGUUUUCCAAAGGUACUUGAAUCACCAGAAUUUUUCAAGUUUCCAUGGAAAAGAAAAACAUAAAAACAAAGAAAUGACAGUCUAAAUCGAAUGAAGGCGAAAGCAAACAGUGCAAGAAUAAUUAUUUAGAAAUUUAGUUAGGUCGCGUGCAAGGAGAUAAUCAGUGAAAAAAAAUCUCCAGGAAGAAUUUUAUAUUAAGCAAUGGCUGAGCACAAUGGUGUUUUUAUUUCUGUAUCAGUUACAUAUCGGAGUUAAGCGUGUUCAAUACGUGAUACGAGUAGAAUAAUUUCACGACUAAGAUAAUUAUAUCAGAAAAAUAUAAAAAGAAUGUGCCGUAAAGGACAAUAUCAGAGGG